UUACAACAAUAUAAUAAUGUAACCAAUUUGGGAGUCUUUGUAUUACAGGUUUUAUGGUUCUGUUAUUUGAUCAACUACGUACAUGUUUUUCUUAUUUUGACUCCUAUCGUUUAUCUAGGGUAUACAGAAAUAGACUUCCCGAUUUCAACUUUCAAGCAACAGAAUUGACUGAGUGAGGAAUAACUGGUGUACGGUAUAACACAUUUGUGUUAGAACCACUUUACUAUGUACAACCAGUCAGGCUACCCUCCUCCAUACCCAGACGCUGGCUCUGGUCAGUAUCCACCUGGCCCUGGCUACCCUGGCGCUCAAGGAGGCUAUCCUCCUCCUUCUGUUGGAUUCCAGCCAGGUCCAGGACCUUAUCCUCCUGCUCCGGGGGGCUAUCCCCCUCCUCAAGGAUAUCCUCCAGAAGGUGGCUAUCCUCCUCCCCAAGGAUAUCCUCCGGCUGGGGGCUAUCCCCCACCUCAAGGUUAUCCACCAGCAGGAGGUUACCCUCCUCCAGUUUCUCAGCAACCAAUGUCUGGGGGUCAACCACCGGUUGCUGAUGGUGGCUGGAUGAAUUUGCCAACCGGCCCGCCCGCGAACUGUCCCCCUGGCUUGGAAUAUCUUACGAGUAUUGAUCAGCUACUAGUCCAUCAGAAAGUGGAACUACUUGAAGCUCUAAUUGGAUUUGAAUCGAAAAACAAAUUUACUGUAAAGAACAGCCUGGGGCAGAAAGUUUUCUACGCAGCCGAGCAGUCAGACUGUUGUACCAGAAAUUGUUGUGGUCCAUGGCGCCCUUUUGGAAUGAAGAUUUUGGACAACUUCAAGAACGAAGUGAUCCACCUUGAAAGGCCCCUGGCUUGUGACUCCUGUUGGUUCCCUUGCUGCCUCCAGAAAAUGGAGGUGUACGCACCACCCGGGUGUCUGGUGGGCACUGUGGAGCAAGAUUGGAGUAUUUUAGCUCCAGCAUUCAGCAUCAAGAAUGCUGCAGGUGAUACGGUUCUUCGUAUCGAGGGCCCCGUUUGCACCAUGAGCAUCUGUGGAUCUGACGUUGAGUUUAAUGUACUCAGCAAAGAUGGGAGCACCAAAGUAGGUAGAAUCUCCAAACAGUGGACCGGUCUGCUGCGAGAAGCAUUCACAGAUGCAGAUUACUUUGGCAUCACUUUCCCAAUGGACUUAGAUGUCAGAAUGAAAGCUGUUAUGCUCGGAGCCUGCUUUCUGAUUGACGCAAUGUUCUUUGAGAAGUCUGGAAAUCAAGAAAGAGAUCGACCUGGAAUGUUUUAAAAUGUAACAGCUGCACAACCAAAAUAAUGAAGGCUGAACUAGUCGUCCUACUUUGAUGGCCUUACUUUAUUUGCACAAUAACCAUUGAUGCUUCUUUCUACAAUACAUUUGUCUUCUUUCUUACACACUUCCUACAUAACUUGAUUAUAACACACUACUCCAUAGGUGCAAGAAUGUAUUAUACAUUUAUACUUUUAAAUUAUGUUGUGAGGUUAAGAAUGUGUACAAUAUUACAAAAGAAAUUCCCAUUACAGAUUAUAGGAUUAUUUUAGUAGUAAGAGGUGAACAAAACGACAACAACAAUAAUGUUCAUGCUUUAGGUAUUUUUCUACUUUACUGGUAUGUAACUGUUUCAUAAAUAAUUAAUUGUUUUCAACAAGUAUUCCUGUAUUUUUUUAUUUUGAAGAACAAUUAAUGUUGUUAAAAUUAAGCAUAUAUGAACAGAAUGUUUGUGUACUUUUAACACUGUAUACCCAUAGAACAUAUUCUACAUAAAUAUAAAUAAAAAAUUAACAUUGUUGUUUGGGAGAAUUAGAUAGUAACCCACAAAUAAGUAGCGCUAGAAUUUUUAUUACUCUAUAAUUAAGUUUAAACUUGUGUAUCAUUUAAAGAAUGUUAAUUUAUAUAAUAAACUAAGUUACUGUUAUUUUAUUAGUGCUUAAUAAAAGUAUUAUGUGCACAUAAUAAUGUUUGAAAAUGUUUAUUUUAAUCAGGUGUUUUUCUUGUUGAGUGAAGAAAGUUUUAUAGUUAUAUCUUUUCUAUUUACUGAUAAUCUUUCUUCCUGUAUGUAUAUUAUAAAGCCAAAUGAUUGUGCUGACUCAGGUACAGGCCAAAGUUUAGAUACCCUCAAGUUGCCUAGAAACAGAAUAGGUAGGUUAAGAUAAUUCGUAUAUUUGCCUGAGUGUACCAGAAGCGGAUAGUACAGUUAGUUACAAAACCAGAAGCGGAUACUACUGUUAGUUAUAAAACCAGAAGCAACCGGUACAAUACUAGCACUGUGAGGUUAUUCCUUCUUAAACUCUUUUUAUCUUUUUGGUUUAGUUAUCCUUGAACCUCGGCAGGAGAAUGUCAAUCCCAGCCCAUCACCUCCGCAAUUUAAAUAUCACAGCCCUUCCCAUGCCAGCCUUGUGGAGGUUACAGACAGACUUACUGUUGACAAUCAAGAUUUUACAGUCAAAGGUCAACUUUUGAUAUUUUGAACUUACAAUUUAAUAAUUCAAAAGAUGGUAUAUUAGGAUAUAAAUGUAAUCAAAAAUCGAUAUUUAAAAAAUGUCAAUAUCUGUUGAACCCUUGGUAUUUGCUGCAUGUGGUACUUACUAUCCAUUCAUCUUAAUUACCAUGUUAUACAUAAAUUGUAAUAUGUAGACUACAGUGGAUAUAUAAAUAUAAAUAAUCAUUACUAAAAAGUAAAGAAAAAGGUUAACAUCUUGGUUAUUAGUUACCCUUAGGAACUGGGUAGAAUUGUUUGUUAUUUCUGGUACUAGAAAGGCAAAUCCAGAUCAUUUAUGCUGGACAGAGUUUGUGAUCUAGUGGAUGCCCUUUUUAAAUUCAGUACCGUUGUUGUAUGACACAAGAGUUGAGUGGUUGAACAUGCUCGAAAUGUAAUUAAAUAAUAGAUCAUGUGUUAAUCAAAUAAUGUUUUUAGUUAAUAUUAAUGUGUUCUAAAAACAGAUUUGUGCCUUAAGUUGAACUCACUGGUGAAAUAAGCACUAUAAAGGCAUGUUGUGUAAUGCAUGUUUUAGUCACAGAUAUAAGGGGGUUUUUAAGAAUAUAUUGACAAGAUUUUAGAGACUAUAUAUGGGUAGUUACCAAAUUGUUCCUAAUAAUAGUUUUGACUUAUUUCAUCUUAAAAAAUUUAUAUUCUUUUUAUGAUGCUUAUUUUUAAAGUCUUGUCUGUAGGUAGUAAAAAACAUAGUUUGAAUAAUUUAAUGGCUUACUUUUAAGAAAGUUCACUAUUUGUCUACAAUAAUUAUACCUACGUCCAUAAUAAUUAUACAAUCAACAAUACAGAUUGGUAGGUUUAUAUGCAAUCCAGAUAUUAACCCUUUUACCACCAAUGUCUAUAGAGUAGGGGUGCUUGAUUAAUACAAACAAUGCUCAAACAAACAAAGAUUUUAUAUUUCAACAAAACAUUAAAAUUCAGCAUUAUGAAGAUUGGAUAUAAAAAUAAAAUUCUUAAUUACUCUUUGUUGGUUUUCAUUCUGUAUCCAAGCAGUAUUAUUAAUCAUGAACAUGAAUAACAGUCAGCUUUGUUUACAUAUCUGAUGUGCUGAACUGAGCUUAUCUACUUGAUAAUCUUUUUUUUCUUCUUUUGUGGUUUCUGUUGGUUUAUUACUCUUUUAAAAUGAAAGGAAACAGGUAUUUUUGCACAAAAGUGUAAUGGGUGUUAAAUUUUAGCAGUUAAAAAUGUACACAAUGUUCAAUAAUUGUGUUCUGUAAAUAUUGUACUAUAUGUAAAAUAUCAGUUGAAAUAGGCCUAUAUAUGGCUUAUUAGUUGUCAUCACAAGACUUCAUUUUCCAUUAACACUUUCGCUGCUGAAAAUGCCAAUUGGUCUUUGGCGUUGUUAUGGGGGGUACGGCAGACUCAAUUAGACGUUUCAUACAGUAAAUUAUCUCCCAUCAUGUUUAACUGUUAUCACUUGGUCUGGACCCAUAGUUGAACUUUAUUAGCCUCAAACAAGUCUUGGUGUAGUAUGUUGUGCCUGUUGUAUCUUAUAUUCUGUGUUUUGUGUGUUUUUAAAAUGAGUCAUAAUAAAAGUCGUAAUUCAUUCCAAAAUAAUGAAAUCAUUAGAUAUUAUCAUUCUGCCUUUGAAUUGUCACUUGGUAUUAUGGACCUAGUGAUGACAGUAUUCUGGAUAGAUCUUGAUACUGUGAAUUGUGGCCUAGACAUGUUCGUGAGUAGUCAGUCACUUCCUACUUCUCAGCCGCAACCCAUUCAGAGCUGGCAAAUUGGGACCACAACUAACACUCCUUAUCCAAAACUAGUGGGAUGAUGAUCCCGAGAUCAAAAUUUAAAAACUGAAUCAGCGCACCGAAUUGUUCCCAUGCCUAUUGAUUAUUUCGAUCUAAUCUGUAAUGAGUAAUCUCAAGAUUAUUAUAGAUGACACUAAUACUAAUGCUGAAGAAGUGUUUGUCUUGUGGUGCCAGCAUAUUUCCUAUUUAAAUCACUGGAUAGGUGCUACAUUACCUGAAUUCAAAACUUUUUAGUACUUCUAUU